AUGGCGGUCGCUCAACCUCGGCCGUAUAGGCGCAUAUUGACCUCGGCGCUACACCGGCGCUUUGUUCAUGCAUCUGCGCUUGCUCUUCUAGUCUGCUAUGGCAUAGCAAUUGCAAUCGGUGACAAGUCAUCAUUUUUUUGGUCAUGGUUCCCUAUCGGCUCAUGCGGUAUCCGCACCGUCAUGAUCUUUGUAUCUUCUCUUUCCGUCUUUGUUCUUCGCGUCGGCCAAAUGCACCUUGGUUCAAGAACUACACCAUCCUCGCUUAGCACGUUUCGAUGUCUUUUCCCUCUGCAGAUCGCGCAAACCUUUGGCUGGUACAUCUUCUCGGCCUGGUUAUUUACUGAGGUUUACAGGUGGUCUUCUCCUCCUAGCGCCGAAUUGGAAUUUGUGAAAAUGGGCAGGCUACACGAGCGCUCGCAUCUAAACGAGCGGCCCAUCUACAUUCACACAUAUCACAUCAUCUUGGCAUGUGUUCAGGCCGUCUUCCAUCUCUACUACGAUUACGACAGUAUUCCGGUCCCGGUUGUUAAACGCUCGCCGAAGGGCAAUGACCAGCGAACACAUCCCGUGCCGCAAACUUUGAAACAUAUCCAAAGCCUGCUUCUGCCAAUGAUCUUCGCUGAUUUCACACGAACGGCCAUCGUGGCAGGUGCUACCCCAUUGAUAUAUCAAUUAUUCCUUCGCCAUACCGCUUGGAGCUGGUCAUUGUGGUUAGCCAAGCUCAUUUGGCCUAUCCCCCGCUCGGCUUCACAGCCUGAAUCGUUCUUGCCCCCGAGCUUUAUUCAAUUGAUUUUACGUUCUUUAUUUUCGGGCUCUAUGCUUGUCUUAUGCUGGCAGACGACCAACCUCUUUUUCUCCGUUUUCAUUGGGAAAGAGCCCCUCAAGCGUGGGCAGCCGCUCACAAGCGAAGCCAAAGAUCCCAAUGGCAGUCUUCUGAACGGUUUGAAGGCUCAAAAGCCAGUUGUGAAGUCAUUUGCCCUAUGGGAGCUUGGUCUUAUUAGCCAACGGUUACCCGAGCGCCGAAAGGCUAUCUUCAAUGAGAUCGACCGCGACAACAGCACAACUUGGUCCCAGGUUCUAACGUGCUUGACGGAGGUCAUCAAAGGCAUCACUGUACGGAUUGAUGCUAGCAAGGCCCCUAUCUCUGGCCCUGGCCCCAAACCAUCGGCACAAGCUGCAUCCUUUCAACCUACCCUACAUACUCUCCCUCGAUUGACGGAAGCCCCGAAAACCGAAAACGUCUUUGCCGCUUCCCCCAAGGCCAGUUCUCGCCAGGAGAAGUUCGGCGAGGCCUUUAGCUCCACUGCUAAGUCCUAUGGAAACUCGCCAGACUGGACGCCUCAAGCACGAGCUCGCGCCCGCAAGGUGUUUGACCAAGCCUCGUCGGCUAUGUUGAGCCCUGAGCGUAAAAAGAAGCUUUUAGCAUCAUCUGAAGAACUGAAACUACUUACCGGAGGAUCUUCUGCCACAUUUAAGCCUGAGAAUGUCCAUCCCAUGCUCGUCCAGCUCCUUCGAUCACCCAUUGGUCUCCCUUUCCGCCAAUCUUAUGCUCAGCGUGCCUCGAGCAUCGUUCUUGGAUCACCUGAUUCUUCUCUAAGUUCAAUUGUUGAUGCUGUGGAUUCCUUAACUCGGCUCUUGAUUGCCAGUCUGGCAGAAGAUCAGUACGGAAAAGUCCAAGCUGAUGUGCCAUCUGUUGUGCGCCUUUUCACCGAGACAAUCGUCUCCCUGGAGGCGUUUAUCCACCAGGGUGGGCUGGAUGCACACUGGACCGAUGUUAACUUUCCUCCUUCGAGUAACACAGAUGCACAAGCAAAGGCUCGCCAAGUUCCCGGUGUGGACCUCGUUUUAGAAACAUUGAAGAGUGGUUUAAUUGAGUUGCUGUCAUCCUUCAAGCCCUACUUUCGAGAUAUUGGACUCGGAGGCAAGGACCUGAGGUUAGCUAAGGAAGCCACGGGCACCGAUGAGGAGGAAGAGCCGUAA